AAGGACAGCUGCCGCCCGCUGCCUUCCCCCCCCACCCCCCCCCCCACCCCACCCCUUCGCCGCCCAUCCCGGAGGGGCGGCAGCCGGGCCCCGCGCCCCGCGGGUCGGGGAGGCGGUGGGGCGAUGCGGAGCCCCCUCCCGUGACUCCGGCUCUCCGCCAUGCCAUGGGUUAGGCGGGCUCCAUCCCGCAGCCGAGGGGGCACCAGCCAAGCGAGGCGGCGGCAGGAAGCGGCGCGGCGCGGCCGGGAAACGGCGGCGGGAGGCGGGCGCGGAGCCCCGCGGCCCCCUCCAUGGACGGCGGCGAGGAAUUAUGAGUCGCGGCCGGGGCUUGGCGCUCGCCCGCUGGGGCUUCCCCCGCUGCGCUCCCCGGGGCUCCGCUCUCGCCCGUCCCCCGCCUCUCCCCCCUGGCAGCCUCUGCCCACCCCCCCCCCCCCCCCCUCCCCGCCGCUGGCUCCGUCCCCCCCUCUCCCCGCGGGGUGCUCGGGGUUAGGAUAACCCCGCUCGCACCCCAACCACAGCCGCGCUCCCGCGGCUAAUCCUGCCCGCUCCCCUCUCCCUCCCCACCCCGCCCCCGGCGCUGCCCUCUCCCCACCCCGCUCCCCCGGCUCUGGGCCCCGCUGCCCCCGGCGAGCCGGCGGCCGGGCGGGUGGGUGCGAGGUCGGGGCUGCCGGCCACCCCGCCCCUCCCCGGCGGGGCCGUCAUUAGGCUGCCGGUUGAUUACAGGGUAUUGAUUUGUAUGUGCUUCUCCCGGCGCCGGCGGCGGCCGCUCCCGCUGGAGUCAGGGCAGCGCUUCCCGUAGCGGCGGUGCGCUCCCACCAAACAUGUCGGCUCCCGCCGGGCCCCGGGGCGGCCCCGCUGCCCCUCAGCCUCCACCGGCUGCCCAGCCCGAGAUGCCCGACCUCAGCCACCUCACGGAGGAAGAGCGGAAGAUCAUUCUGGCCGUCAUGGACCGCCAGAAGAAGGAAGAGGAGAAGGAGCAAUCCGUGCUCAAAAAAUUACAUCAGCAAUUUGAAAUGUAUAAGGAGCAAGUGAAGAAGAUGGGUGAAGAAUCACAGCAGCAGCAGGAGCAGAAGGGUGAUGCCCCAACCUGUGGUAUCUGCCACAAAACAAAAUUUGCUGAUGGCUGUGGCCAUAACUGUUCAUAUUGCCAAACUAAAUUCUGUGCGCGCUGUGGAGGAAGAGUGUCGUUACGGUCAAAUAAGGAGGACAAAGUGGUAAUGUGGGUAUGUAACUUGUGCCGAAAACAACAAGAAAUCCUCACAAAAUCAGGAGCGUGGUUCUAUAACAGUGGAUCAAGUGCACCACAGCAGCCUGACCAAGAAGGUGUUAGAGGUCUGCGGAACGAGGAAGCACCUCAAGAGAAAAAAGCAAAGCUGCAGGAGCAUUCACAGUACCAAGGACCUUCAGGUGACAUAUCCACACACGUUUUGGACAAAAACAGAUCUCAAGGGCUCACAAGACAAGACUCAAUUAAGAACAGUUCAGGAGUAAAGCAUCAAGUAACAAGUGACACAAUAUCAGACAGGAAAAGAAGCCCAUCAAUAUCAAGAGAACAGAACAGAAGAUACGACCAAAGGGACGAGAGAGACGAAUAUUCACAGUAUGCUACAUCAGACAGUGCGAUGCCCAGGUCACCAUCAGAUUAUUCAGAUAGGCGGUCGCAGCGUGGGCCUCAGUUAUAUGAAGAACCCGAGCUGGGUGAUUAUAGAGAUUCCAACAGAAGGAGUCGCAGGUGUUCCAAGGAGUAUCCGGUAGAAGAGGAAGAUGCACAAAACAGAGAAGAAUAUGAAAGACAGCGGAGGGAAGAGGAAUACCAGGCACGAUACCGAAGUGAUCCUAAUUUGGCUCGUUAUCCAGUCAAGCCACAACCAUAUGAAGAACAAAUGCGUAUCCAUGCUGAAGUGUCCCGAGCACGUCAUGAACGGAGACAUAGUGAUGUCUCAUUGGCAAACACUGAGUUGGAAGAUUCUCGGAUGUCUAUGCUGAGGAUGGAACGACCGUCAAGACAAAGAUCAGUGUCUGAGCGCAGGGCUGCCAUGGAAAAUCAACGUUCAUACUCUAUGGAAAGAACUCGAGAGGCUCAGGGACCAAGUCCCAAUCGUCAGAGGACCACAAAUCAUAGCCCUCCUACACCUAGGAGGAGUCCGAUUCCUCUGGAAAGACCAGACUUGAGGCGCUCUGAUUCAUUAAGGAAACAACACCAUUUGGAUCCCAAUUCUGCUGUACGGAAAACAAAACGUGAAAAGAUGGAGACCAUGUUACGGAAUGAUUCACUCAGCUCAGACCAGUCUGAAUCUGUAAGACCUCCACCACCAAAGCCCCAUAAAACGAAAAAGGGAGGUAAAAUGCGCCAGGUUUCAUUAAGUAGCUCAGAAGAAGAAUUAGCAUCCACUCCAGAAUAUACGAGUUGUGAUGAUGUAGAGAUUGAAAGUGAAAGUGUUAGUGAGAAAGGGGACAGUCAAAGGGGAAAAAGAAAAACUAGUGAGCAGGCAGCUUUGUCGGAUUCUAACACCUUAUCCGAGAGGCAAAAGAAAAUGGUGUGCUUUGGUGGCCACUCUUUGGAAGAGGACUUGGAAUGGUCUGAGCCUCAGAUAAAAGACUCUGGGGUAGAUACGUGUAGUAGCACAACUCUAAACGAGGAACAUAGCCAUAGCGAGAAGCAUCCAGUAACUUGGCAACCAUCCAAAGAUGGAGACCGUCUCAUUGGUCGGAUUUUGUUAAAUAAGCGACUAAAAGAUGGAAGUGUGCCUAGAGAUUCGGGAGCAAUGCUCGGAUUGAAGGUAGUAGGAGGAAAGAUGACUGAAUCAGGUCGACUCUGCGCAUUUAUCACCAAAGUUAAAAAAGGAAGCUUAGCUGAUACAGUGGGGCAUCUUAGACCAGGUGAUGAAGUAUUAGAAUGGAAUGGAAGGCUACUACAAGGAGCCACCUUUGAGGAGGUGUAUAACAUCAUUUUAGAAUCCAAACCUGAGCCACAAGUGGAGCUUGUUGUUUCAAGACCAAUAGGGGACAUUCCCAGAAUACCUGACAGUACACAUGCACAGCUGGAGUCCAGUUCUAGUUCAUUUGAAUCUCAAAAAAUGGACCGACCUUCUAUUUCAGUGACUUCUCCUAUGAGUCCUGGCAUGUUAAGGGAUGUUCCACAGUUCUUGUCUGGACAGCUUUCAAGCCAAAGCCUUAGUAGAAGAACAACGCCUUUUGUUCCUAGGGUUCAGAUAAAACUGUGGUAUGACAAGGUUGGUCAUCAGUUAAUAGUGACAAUAUUGGGAGCAAAGGAUCUUCCUUCAAGGGAAGAUGGGAGGCCAAGGAAUCCUUAUGUUAAAAUUUACUUUCUUCCAGACAGAAGUGAUAAAAAUAAAAGAAGAACAAAAACAGUAAAGAAAACAUUGGAACCUAAGUGGAAUCAGACAUUCAUUUAUUCUCCAGUUCAUCGGAGAGAAUUUAGAGAACGAAUGUUAGAAAUUACUCUUUGGGACCAAGCAAGAGUUCGAGAGGAAGAAAGUGAAUUUUUAGGAGAGAUUCUUAUUGAGUUAGAGACAGCAUUACUAGAUGAUGAACCUCACUGGUACAAACUUCAAACACAUGAUGUUUCUUCAUUGCCACUUCCCCAUCCCUCACCAUAUUUGCCACGCAGACAACUCCAUGGCGAGAGUCCCACACGGAGGUUACAAAAUAAAGGCUUAUAUUCAUAUAAUUCAGGGUCCAAAAGAAUCAGUGAUAGUGAAGUCUCUGAUUAUGACUGUGAUGAUGGAAUUGGUGUCGUUUCAGAUUAUCGACAUAAUGGGAGAGAUCUUCAAAGUUCAACGCUAUCAGUGCCAGAACAAGUUAUGUCAUCUAAUCAUUGCUCUCGGUCAGGGUCUCCUCACCGUGGAGAUAGUAUAGGACGGACUAGAUCGUGGUCUCCCAGUGUCCCUCCCCCACAAAGUCGGAAUCUGGAUCAGGGACCACGAGGGACUCGAUCUACUGCUGCACAUUACAAUACCCUGAACCGAAUGGAUAGACACCGUGUUAUAGAUGACCACUACUCUCCGGACAGAGAGAGUCAUUAUGUUACUUUACCUCGUUCCCGAUACACUCAGUCCACAGAUCACCAUUACAGAGAUGCCAGCCAGGAUCACACAAUAUAUCCUCUAUUUUGUGAAGAUGCAAUCAGAUUACUUCGCUCCCGUAAGAUGUGCCGUACCUAUUCUGAGGGUGCUUACUAUGAUCUUGAGAGGAGGACUAGGCAGGAGAGAAGAGUGCCUAAUUCAUAUUAUGACGACACAGCCUAUACUCCUGAAAGGUGGUACAAUGGUGCAAGUUCAUGGGCAGAUCAUGUAGUCAAUGGUUCAGCUGAAAAUUAUGGGAAUUGUGAAGCAGCAGAUAGACAGCUAUAUCAAAGAUCCAGAUCAACAGAGCAACGUCCUAUGCUAGAGCGGACCAACUCCCGCUCCCGAUCCACAGAGCGUCCUGACUCAAACCUCAUCAGGUCGAUGCCUUCAUUAAUGACUGGAAGAUCUGCCCCUCCUUCACCUGCCUUACCGAGGUCACAUCCUCGAACUGGGUCUGUUCAGACAAGUCCAUCAAGUACUCCAGUAGUAGGGAGAAGGGGCAGGCAGUUACCGCAGCUCCCACCGAAGGGGACGUUGGAGAGAAACAAUGGAGACAAGGAGAUAGAAUCUUAUGAAGAAGUUACAUGGGAGGACCAGCAGAAAAAGGUGAAUGGUACAAUAACUGAUGACAAACCAUUGCCGACAAAGAAACACCAUUCUGAGCCAGAAGAAGCGGAAUCAUCAUGGAGAAGAAAUUCAGAAGAAAAGCAAGCAGAUCCAGAGAAUGGGGAUACAGGUGCAAUGGAUGUAGAAGAGAGGAAUCGCCAAAUGAAAAUGAGCAAGUACAAACAGGUAGCAGGAUCAGAUUCCAGACUGGAACAAGAUUAUCAUUCUAAGUAUCGGUCAGGACGGGAUCCUCAGCGAGGCUCAGACAAUGUUUCCAAUAAGUCUUCAGACAGCGAUGUCAGUGAUGUCUCUGCUGUGUCACGGACAAGCAGUGCUUCACGUUUCAGCAGCACAAGCUAUAUGUCCGUCCAGUCAGAGCGUCCAAGAGGGAACAAGAAAAUAAGAAGGACAAGGGAUAUAGAGGGAAAAAAAGAGGGAGGGCUGGAAGGGGAUGAACAAGAUGGAGUAUUUCCUGAGGAGGAAGAAAAAGAGGAGGAGGAAAAAGCAAAGGAGAAAGAAGUUAAUGAAAAAGGGGAAGGGCAAGAGGUGACAGAGAACUGUCAUAAGGAGGAAAACAAAGGAUCAGGGCAUGAUGAAAAAGCUCAAGAAGACCAAGCUGAGGAAGGGAAAAAGGAUGGCAGUGUCUUUACAUCCAAAAUGCAAAGCAGACAGAUGGGCACCUCGGGAAAUAACAUGACUAAGAGCACCAGCAUCGGUGGGGACAUGUACACCUUGGAGAAGAACGAUGGCAGCCAGUCGGACACGGCCGUGGGCACUGUUGGCGGUGGUGGCAAAAAGAGGCGCUCCAGCAUCGGUGCAAAGAUGGUCGCCAUCGUGGGUCUCUCGCGGAAAAGCCGUAGCACGUCACAACUCAGCCAAACUGAAGCAGGGGGCAAGAAGCUGCGGAGCACCGUCCAGAGGAGCACUGAGACAGGGCUGGCCGUGGAGAUGAGGAACUGGAUGACCCGUCAGGCCAGCCGGGAGUCGACGGAUGGGAGCAUGAACAGCUACAGCUCUGAGGGAAAUUUGAUUUUCCCUGGUGUGAGGUUGGCUGCAGACAGCCAGUUCAGUGAUUUUCUGGAUGGACUUGGUCCUGCCCAGCUUGUAGGACGACAGACUUUGGCAACACCAUCAAUGGGAGAUAUCCAGGUGGGAAUGAUGGACAAGAAAGGACAACUGGAAGUAGAAAUAAUCCGAGCCCGUGGCCUUGUUGUAAAACCAGGUUCAAAGACACUGCCAGCACCAUAUGUAAAGGUGUAUCUAUUAGAAAAUGGAGUCUGCAUAGCCAAAAAGAAAACAAAGGUAGCAAGAAAAACGCUGGAACCACUUUAUCAGCAACUUCUAUCAUUUGAAGAAAGCCCCCAAGGAAAAGUUUUACAGAUAAUUGUUUGGGGAGACUAUGGACGUAUGGAUCAUAAAUCCUUUAUGGGAGUGGCACAGAUACUUUUAGAUGAACUGGACCUGUCCAACAUGGUGAUUGGGUGGUUCAAACUCUUCCCUCCUUCUUCCCUAGUAGACCCAACUUUAGCUCCUCUCACUAGAAGAGCUUCCCAAUCAUCUCUUGAAAGUUCAACAGGACCUUCGUAUGCUCGCUCAUAGCAGCUGUGAAACUGUUGUCAUAGCAACCAGCGUUACAAAAAAAUAAAAUUACAGGUCGCAAACCCUGGUAACACUGCAUGCUUAAUGUUGUGUCUUCUGAGCCUGUUUCUAGGGCUGCAACGCGAUCCUGUGUUCUCAAGGAAGUUGCACACAUUGUGCCCUACGGAAGGCCCUCAGGUGAAGGACUGAAGUCAUGAAGAACUGAUAGGUUUGGAGUUCAGGGACACUCAGUUUUGGUCCAAUCCAAAGCCAUGGACUAAACUUAAAGAAUCAAUCUGUUUCAUGCAACAAAAGUCCUUUUCAAUGGCAUAUCUGUUUCGUUGCUCCCGUUUCUUUAUUUAUCUGCCCUCCCCUCCUUAAGCUUCAUUAUGCCACAGAAAUGGAAUUACCUUCCCAUGAAGCCAUGUUACAAGUCAGUGGAUUAGCAGACAUUGGAAGAAAAGAAGAAUAUAAGGAUGCUAGAAAAGUCAACUGUUGUUUGAAACAGUUGCUUGACAUCCAAAAACUCUUCAUACUGAAAAAGUUCAAGACUUAAAGUGGCAGGCUUCAUACCUCCAGCUAUAGAUACAGUGAAACCCCAGAUGUGAUGGACUCUCUGAAAAACAAAAUUCUGUGGAUAUACUGUACUGUAUGAAAUUAAAGAAACUUUUUUGCAUGGACACAGAUUUAGCUGAACACUUAAAUUAUUUUCUUGGGGCUGCAACUUGCAAAAAAAAAAAAAAAAAGAAUAAAUCAGCCAUUUUCAACAAUUUAUAUUAUUUUUAAAAAUAAAUUUCACUAGUGCAUGGUUUUAAAGGGACGAGAAUGCAACAGGGUGAUACAAAGACACACCACGUUUAUCAUUCUUUAAACCAGUCAUGGUCUGUAUUUUUGCAGACGUAUAUUAAAAAUUAAAAAUAAUUUCUAGCAAAUAUCUAAAAUUCUGUUUAUGUGACAACAAAUAAGUGUAAUAUAUUAAAUUUAUUUAAAUGUAAAAGGUACGAGCCUUGUAAAGUUCAACAUAAUGUGCAAAUUGUACACGUGUUUUACCACCUCCUUUCUCUAUCUCUCCUCCCAAUCUCCCUUCUUCCUUUUGCUCUUUUUCCCCUCCACCUCCCAGGAUGAUCAUCAUAUUCUAAAAUGGCUACCUUUUGACUUAUUACUCUCUUAUGCCCCAUAUUUGGUUCAGGGUUGCAGAUUGUUCUGCAUUUCUGAAUUAUUUGAGAAAAAUAUUGUUUAAGAACUUACUUUUUUUCAAGCAUGUUGAAAAGGAUUUUGCAACAUGGCUUGGGAGUACAUCAAUGUAAUUCAGCAUGUAUUUGAUAAAGAAGAUAUUUGAAUUUUUUGCAAUUUAUUGUACAGUGCAUGGUAACUUAUUUUCAUUUUUUCUCACAUUCAAAUUGAAUUCUACAGCAAAAUACUGGAAUCAUGUGGCCAUUGUAAGAUGUCUUUCAAUAAAUUUGUUUUCAGCACCAGCAUCUUUCAUUCAAAGAUUGAACUAUCAUUUCUUGAAGGUUUUUGGAAAGAGGAAAAAUUAAGUACCUGGUUGAUUUUUAGGAAAUAAAUUUAAACACAUUUAUUUGCACUAAACCAAAUUAAUUGCUACAGUUUUGAGAUUACAAAAGCAACAAAGGUUACUAAUUCUUACAGUUCCUCUGCUGUAAAGUUCAAUUUUCAUAAACUACAUUUGUGUUGCAAAAGACAUAAUUAGGUAAUAUCAGUCUGGAAAAUACCAGUCUUUGGUUUGCAAAAUAGCCUUAAAGAAAGCUUAUCAGUACCACUCUGACAGCUAUUUGACACCAUUACCAGGACCCUCACUCCAGUCAAGGGAUCUUCAAACACCUGUUAUUUGUAGCAGACAGUAACUACCGUUGGGUGGUGCUGCAAGUUCAAGCUUCUCACUAAAUUACAUUAUUUAAAGGAAAUGUAACUGGUUGACAUUUAAUAACAAAAUAUCCUUUUUUUUUCUGGGUCUUUGUAUGCCUUUAAUAACUAUUUAAAGUUUAAUAUUGAAACCUUGCAAUAAUUUUUGAAAUACGCGUUACAUUUACCUUUAAGGCCACACAGAAUUAUUAUGAUUUUAUUUGAAAAUCUGUUGAAGUUUCCCAUUAAGAAAUUGUACAUGCCUCAUAAGAGGGCAAAAGUAAUAACUAUCACUUAAAAUGCCUUUUACUUUGUGCAAUAUCAUAUAAAUCAAGAUUGUGUCUUGUCUUCAGAGUUUAUAUAAAGGAUUAUUGUUAAGUUAAUGGACAGACUGGUAAAAUUAUAUUUAUUGAAAUAAUUUAGACACCUGUCUACCAGCAGCAAAUAAAUACUAAUAACAUGCAGUCUACGAUAUCCCCUAUGAUAUUAAACAAAAAUACAUAACCAUUUUCCUGAUACUGUGAGAUGUGCUCACACAUUCUUGUAUGCAUAGUCCUAUAUAAAUUAUUUCAAAUUUUAAAAUCAAGGACAUGACGCAUGGAAGGUUUGUACAUAGUUGUCAUUAUGCAGUAUUUAUUUUAAAAAUAUUAAUGUAUUUUUUUUAAUUUUCACACGUCUGCAACUCUACUUAUGGUUUAGUCAUGUAAAUAGCACUAUUCCAGUGAUCACUGCUGUCUUGUACAUAGUACGUUUUAAAAAGUUAAAAGGAAUUACAGUUGGGGGGGGGGAAAGGCAGAUUAGGCCUGUAAUGAACACCAACUAAUGUAAAUCAAACUCAUUCUGGUGAUGGUAUUUAACACUUUAAAUAAAACAUUUUCUUUACAGAA